AUGCUUCAGAGUCAAAUGACCCCGGUAUCGGAUGUUAGCUCGGUGAUGCAGACUCAUCGCUGCAGACGAGACAUCAAAGAAAGGAGCCGAUCAAUCACAAAUCGUUGUCAAAAUUGCCCCGGGGCGCUCCUCCUGGGACGCGAAACCGUCUAUCCUGGCCUGACAUCCUUGUAUCUGCAUGGCUGCAUGCAGCCCCUGAGUAAUGGGGCCAAAGACCAGGGUUCGAGACCCUGGUUUUUGGUGUUUGGUGUUGUAUGA